GUAAAGUUGCUCGCAGCUGGCGCUUCGCGGGCUCGAAUUACAGCGUUUCGUUCGCGUGUGUUGUGUUCAAUCCUUCGAACCAUCGCCAGCGAGAUUUUUUUUUAGUUAGUACUUAAUUAAACAAUAAAACCCCGCCAUGGGGCUCGUAUUUUAAGUAAAUGAAAGAUAAUCCGUACACGGGUGACGUUCGCAAGUGAGUUUUGGAAUCGAACAGCCGUACGAGGCCCGUAUGCUCGGGGUGAGUGCGCGAUACAAUUGACACGAUGCAGAUAUGUAACAUGCAAUUGGGAAUUCAACACCUAGCCAUCGAGACUGCUACGAGAACAACAAUGCCACAAACCGAGAAGCCGAACACAUCUUUCUUGGAAGAAGAUCUUGCUCUAAGCUCUUCAUGCACAGAAUCUUUUGCUGAAAAAGCAACGACUGAAUCAGAAGAUAAAAGCAGUCAUGAUGAAUCGAACUCAUCAAUUUCCGAAAAUCAUGAUCAACCACCUGUGAUAUAUCUUAAUGAAAAUGCAAUGGAUUGCAACUACGAGUUAAAAGCUGAAGAGCCUCAAAAUUCUAGCCUCAUCAAAUCACAAGAACAAAAAAUAAACAUUUUAAAAUUAAUUAAUACAUCAGUGAUGGAAGAAGCACCUUCAAGUCCAGAUCUUUUUGAAAGUGAUGAUGAGGAGAUAGAAAGUAUAGCUUCAACUUUUACUCGUACUGCUAUCGAAGAUCUGAUAACACAGCCGAGUCCUGAAAAACUCACCACUGCUGAAAAAGUUCUUCGAUCCGACAGAUUUGCAUUAAAGAGAAUGAAAAAAUUUUUAAGUGGUGUACCACCACCACCAAGUCGAACAAUAUCACAAAAAGAUUGUAAUGAUUUUCUUGGAUAUAUCAAGCAAAAUAGGCACUGUUUUUGGGCUGAUCCUUUUAAGCUGGAUUCUAAAUUCAAUCCUGUCACUGAAGAAUCGGAAUUGAAUGAAUCAAAAAAUGAAAGCAUAAAAUCAGUUGAAAAUGAAAACUCAGUCAAAAGUGAAAACUUGAACCCAAACACAAGUGAAACAUCAAACCCCAUCGAAAGUGGAAAUACUAGAACAUCACAAAGACCUGGUCUGAGAAAUUUAAGUACAGCAUUUGAUGCUUGUGAAAAGAUGGGAAAACUGAAAACAACAAGAAGUAGUUCUGGUUCAACUUCAGAUCUUUCCCAAGCGAUAAAUGCUUUUAAUUUAUCAGAUUCUUUAUUGAAUCAAUCCUAUUCAUCAAUUUCCACUACAACUCCCAAUAUGAGUUAUCAAAACGAUGACAUUGAAAAAGGUGCUAUUCCAGCUACAUAUCAUUCAAUUAGUGUUGAAGAGGCUAUUAAAAUGUCAUGGCCUGAUAUAUUGCAGCAUAAAUGUCCAGAACUUUAUUACAAUCGCAGCAGAACCACAGAAGAUUUUGAAAAUCUAAGGUUCAAAAUGAGUGAUAGAUAUAUUGGUGCAGAAACUACAUCAACAUGUAAUAUCUAUUUUCCCUCAGAAGUGCCAAACAGUGCCAAAAAACGUGCUUAUCUUUUGGCUAAGAAACGCCAGAGUCCUGGUAAAAGACUUAGUCAUCUUGCGAUACGAAGAUUUACAUUUUCCAGUGCUAAUCUUCAAAGCAUGUCUACGAAGCAUGUAGAGAAAAAACUUAUGGUAAACAUGAGUAAAUUUAAACCACGUAAAACUGGAAGAACCCCCAAGAAAAUUCCUGGUAAGAGUCCACGAAAAACACCGAGGAGUUCUGCGAAAAAAACUCUGUAUCGAAGAAUGACAUUCGACACAUUUUCACCAAGAGCAAAAUUAGAAAGCUCGAAACGAGCACUGUUCCAAAGUCCACCACAAACUAAAGAUAACAGUAGCAAUAAUACUCGUGCCGAACGUCCUACAUCAAUGGUCUCCUUGAAUAAUAAUGAUCCUAGGAAAAUCAAGAAAGCACUUUUUGCCACACCAACUAAGAAAAAUGUCAAUGAGCUAAGUCAAAAUGAAUCGAGAAAAAGGAAACGAGAAGAGGACGAGGAAAUUCAACGAUCGAAACAUCCGAGAAGUUAUUCCUUUGACUGUUCUCGAACUCUCGAAAAUAGUUCGUUAAGUUCUAAUCGAGUGAGGCACUCCUCUGGAAAUGUGCCUCAAAAAGCACAUUAUAGAAAUGAAAUGGAACUUGCGGAAAUCAACAGAAAGAAACUAAUAUAUGCUGUUACGGAAGCAUUGAAAGCUCACAGCAUUCCAGUCGGGCAUGAGCGUUUCAAAGAAUGCGCUAAUGCUCUCCGUGUGAUUGUGCGCAAAUACAUGCCGGAUUUGGAUAAUAAAAACAUACCACGCAAACCUGGUAGUACCAUGGAACGUAUGCUCAGACUAGCGAAGCGGCAUGCUGUGUCCGUUCUCAAUCCUAAGCCGAGUGCCUAGUACAAUGAGUGUUUGUUAUCUAAUACAACUGUUGAAAGUUUAAGUACCAGUGUAAUCACAAAAGUUGCUUUCAUUAUUAGGUGUAAAUUUAUUCUGAUGGUCUAGUAAGAGAGACUUAAAAUGUAUCUGAAAAAUUUAAAUUUUUCAUUGACACAAUUACUAAAGUUAUUGUAUGUAAGCAUGGAAACAAAUUAACUUUUACUACUAUUUCAAAUGAAAUAUGAAUAUGAUUCAAAUGGAAUUUAUUUUUUACGACUGCCAAUUUUUUAAUCCCAGUAUUUAUUUUAUAAUUACUAUGAUAAUUUUUAAAAUUCUCAAACCAGUUAUAAAACACAAAUUUCGAUUUGACAAUUCAUUGAAUUGUCGUAUUUCAAUUGAGUGAAUCGACGAAUAACAUUUGUUCCUUGUUUCCUGACAAAUCGUAAACAAAAUAUACUGUAUUCUUUAAAAUUUAUUAUCGAUAUAGUAAUAAAUAUUGAACCUUGUAUGACGAUGUUGUAGAGAUUUUGUGAAACAAUGCGUUUUUAAAAUGCAGCUUUGUGUAUAUGAUGCUAGAAAACUGAUUUGAUAUUAAUUAAAACUAACAGCAUAGACAUAGUAAUUGAAGAGUACGAAAAAAUGUAUAGUUUGGACAAGCCCGAGCUUUGUUUUAUUGCGAUAAAAUAUUAUAUUUUACAACUUAUAAAUAAUUAUUAAA